CUGAUUGAUGUUCAUACGUGACCAUCUCAAACCCAGGUUACUACAACAUCGGUACGCAUCUAGGGCCAUGCAUGCAAGAUCUCCCGCCUCAGGCUGGCCCGAUGGCUUCUGUUCUUGUGGAUCUUGCUGCUAUGUUCUUGCCUUCUUGGUCGACUAUUUUUCUACCGUGCCCUUGAUCUCCACGCUCGCUUUCCCUGAUGGGAUAUGACGAUCUUGGGCGCCUUUUCUCUUCUUGGGAACCGCCAUGGCCAACCUUUUGUUGCUGGCGCAGAUCUAUGCAUGUAUGGCCAUCUAUGUCUCUCUUCUCCCCCCUUCUCUUCUGUCCGCGUGUUGUCUUCUCCGUUGGCGUCGAGCUCAGGGCUCGGGGCCUUUAAUUCUCCCCUGUCUCCGCUUUUAAUCCUCGAAAGGCGCAUACACGGGCACGCACCGCUUUUCUUUGCCUUUGUUCCUGCCUUUCUUUCUUAUCCUUUCCCCUCAUCCUUUUCAUCUUUUUAUCUCUCUUUUCCCCUAGCUUUCUUUCCCCUUCUCUUUCCUCCGGCGCCUUGCAUCAAAAGAGCAGCCAUGUCUUGGAUGAUGUAGCAGCAGCAGUACUGCCACAAGCGCAACCCUACAAACAAAGUUGAGUUUUGUGUGGUGGUGGUGGGGCUAGGACUCGUGAAGCCCAUGGAGGAGAUGAUCAUGGCUGGAAACCCAAAUCCUAAUCCUAAUCCUAAUGGGAACCCGAACCCACAGCCGGCGCCACCGUCUGGCGCAGAAGCCCAGAGGGCUCCCGUUCCUGGCCCGCCGGCAGGAGGAGCUGGCGCGGCGGCCGGGACGGGCUCCACCGAGCGGAAGGCGGCGCGGCCGCAGAAGGAGAAGGCAAUCAACUGCCCGAGGUGCAACUCCACCAACACCAAGUUCUGCUACUACAACAACUACAGCCUCCAGCAGCCGCGCUACUUCUGCAAGACGUGCCGCCGCUACUGGACCGAGGGCGGCUCGCUCCGGAACGUGCCCGUCGGCGGCGGCUCACGGAAGAACAAGAGAUCGUCGUCGUCGGUGGUGUCGUCCGCGGCGGGCGCCGUCUCCACCUCCGGGGCGGCGUCCGGGACGGUCCCGGUCGGCGGGAUGGCGGCCAAGAACCCGAAGCUGAUGCACGAGGGCGCGCACGACCUCAACCUGGCGUUCCCGCACCACCACGGCCGCGUCUUGCACCCGUCGGAGUUCGCGGCGUUCCCUAGCCUGGAGAGCAGCAGCGUCUGCAACCCGGGAGGCACCAUGGCGGCCAACGGCGCGGGUGGCGGGAGGGGCAUGGGCGCGUUUUCGGCGAUGGAGCUGCUGAGGAGCACCGGCUGCUACGUACCGAUGCCGCAGGUGCAGCUCGGGAUGCCGCCUGAGUACGCAGCCGCGGGAUUCGCGCUUGGCGAGUUCCGCAUGCCGCUGCAGCAUCAGCAACACCAUCAGCAGCAGCAGCAGCAGCAACACCAGCAACACCAGCAGCAGGUUCAGAACAUGCUCGGGUUCUCUUUGGACACGGGAGGAGGUGGCGACGCCGGGGGAUACGGCGCUGGAUUGCAGGGGGCGCAGGAGAGCGCAACGGGAAGGAUGCUGUUCCCGUUCGAGGACUUGAAGCCGGGUACGAACGCGGGUGGAGGAGGUGCAAGCGGCGGCGAUCAGUUUGAGCACAGCAAAGACCAAGGCGGCGGUGGCGGCGGCGGCCAUGAGACCCUGGGGUUCUGGAAUAACAGCAUGAUCGGGAAUGGCAGCAGCAAUGACGCCGGCGGUGGCGGUGGCGGCGGCGGUGGUUCGUGGUAGGAUGGCAACAGCUAGCCCAGCCGCCGUACAUGCAUGCAUGGCUCAUGCACACGCGGUUGUCAGCAUGUGGAGAUGAUAGGGAUAGAGACAAGGGAGUUAAUAAGCGGUGGUGGUGAUUAGUGUUACAUAUGGCGUUUGAUCUCUCUUUUGGUUGCGUUUGGUUUUUCUACUGUUCUUGGUCUUCCUUCUUAUUAAUUUCUUGGUGUUUUGUUCAUGUGUGUGGUUAUCAGACUUGGGGGGCUAACACAGCUGAGUACACAGAUUAAGUAACUACUAUUUGUCUUCUCCAA